AUGUCGCGGGCGGCGGGCGGCGAGUGCCGCAAGGAGGCGGCGGGCUGGGAGGGCGAGGACGGGCAGUGCGACUCGGGCAUCGAGUCGCUGCGCUCGCUGCCGGGCGGGAGGGAGACCCCCGCCGCCGCCGCCGAGAUCCCCCCUGCCGCCUCCGAGACCCUCGCCGAGACCCUCGCCGAGACCGCCGCCGAGACCGCCGCCGCCGAGGAGCGGCUCGACUCCAGCUACGGCUCCGGCGCCCUCCCGGAGCCCCUGGCCGCGCUGCCGGCCGCCUGCCGCGCCGAGGAGCCGCCGCCGCAGCCCGAGGGGCUCGGCCGGCAGCAGCUGGAGGCGCUCACCUACGUUUCGGAGGACGGCGACACUUUGGUUCACCUGGCCAUUAUCCACUGUGUCCCAGCUGUGGCACUCUGCUGCAUCGCUCAACUGCCCAGGGAGGUGCUGGAGAUCCAAAAUGAUCUCUUCCAGACCCCGCUCCACCUUGCCGUGUACCUGGAGCAGCCCAGCGUGAUCCAGGCGCUCAUCCACAAGGGAGUGAACCCCGGGCUGCAGGACCGCAAUGGCAACACCCCGCUGCACCUGGCCUGCGAGCAGCAGCGCCUGUGGUGCGCCCAGCAGCUGCUGCAGGGCACAGCCCCACCGGAGGGCACAGCCCCACCGGAGGGCACGGCCCAGCCCCCCGGGCACCACCAGGACCUGCAGCUCCAGAACUGGCAAGGCUUGGCUUGUCUGCACAUCAGCACCUUGAAGGGGAACAUCCCGAUGAUGUCUCUGCUGCUGGAGAGCGGCGCCAACAUCAAUGUUCGGGAGGGCACAAGCGGGAAGACCCCAUUGCACCUGGCCGUGGAGUGCCACAACCGCAGGGCAGUCCAGUUCCUGCUGCACAACGGGGCGUACGUGGAUGCCCAGAUGUACAAUGGGUGCACCCCGCUCCACCUGGCCGUGGGCCGCAAGGAUGCUGCCAUUGCCGCCAUCCUCUCACACUCCGGGGCUGACACCCUGCUGAGGAACAUGGAGAAUGAGACGGCCCAGGACCUGGCUGACGGCAACGAUGACCUCCUCGCCUUGCUGCCCUUCGAUGACCUGAAGAUCUCGGGGAAGCCUGUUGUGUGCUCUGAAUGAGCAGCUGGACUCCUUUGGCCUGUCAGGCUGCCUCCUCGCUCUGCGCUGUUGCCCUGCUGCCCGCUGGGACCUUGUCUGCCUGCAGUUCAGUGGGAGCAGAGCCACUUUGGGAGACGUUACCCCCCUCUUCAUCCAUUUGGAAAAGUUUUGUUGGCCUUAGGCUGCCAUCUCGGAGGGAAGAAGGUGGCACUAUGAGCACUACACAGGGGAGGCUUCUCUUUUAGUAUUUGUGCCCUGCAGCAGGACUGAAUUUCCCCUCCCUGCCAUGGGUCUGACUUGUGGGGUUCUCCAGCUUACACAGGGAAGGAGCAGGAGAGGACUCGUUUUCACACUGUAUGGUGGACAGAGCAUCCUAUGGCACCCCCAGACACCAUCAGAAUAAGUGUGGGGUGAGAGGAGUUGACACUCACUCUAAUAAAUGUUUGUUCUGGC